AUGUUGUUCACGGCUUACUACCUCUUCAGCACCGUGACGCAUGCUUUUGCAGUCCUCGCCGCGUCUUCACCUACGGCUCAUACUGUUAAUGGGACGUAUUCGGGACUGAACAUACCAUCUUUCAACCAAGAAGCAUUCUAUGGCAUUCCGUAUGCACAAGCGCCUGUUGGAGGCCUUCGUCUCCGACGGUCUCUGCCAUACAACCAAUCUUGGUCCGGUGUAAGAAAUGCAACAGUUCGAUCUGACUCUUGCCCGGGGUAUAACGGAUUUCCGCUUGCUCUUGUUGGUGGAAGUCUUGUCGACGGGCUUACCCUCGGAGAAGACUGCUUGACCAUUGAUAUUGUCCGUCCGGCCAACAUUAAUCCUUCUGACAAACUACCCGUCUUCACCUGGUUUUAUGGUGGAGGUUUCAUCGCCGGGGGGUCCGCUGAUCCAAAAUACAACUUGUCAUACAUUGUGCGAAACUCAAUGGACAUGAAUAAGCCCAUUAUUGGUACCAUUAUCAACUAUCGAACAAUGUGCUUUGGCUUCUUGGCAUCAAAAGAAGUUCUCAAUGCCAACGUUAGCAAUCUCGGACUCUUUGAUCAGCGAAGGGGCCUCAAAUGGAUCCAAGAGAAUAUUGAAAGCUUUGGUGGUGAUCCUGACAAGGUGACAAUCGCGGGAGAGAGUGCAGGUGGCUCAAGCACGGGUUAUCACUUAAUUGGCUUCAAAGGCAAUAAUGACGGACUGUUUCGUGGAGCAAUAAUGGAGAGUGCGAGCCUCCUAGGAGCUCCAAUUAAUAAUCCUGAACAACUGCAACGGAGCUAUCAAGGCAUGUACGAUAACAUUACAACAACCGUAGGCUGCAACACCUCAAACGAUAGCCUGGCUUGCCUGAGAACGGUCCCUUAUGAAACAUUACACCAAGCGUGCACUGGGUUCCGCCAAACACCAAUCAUGGAUGGCGAAUUCAUCUCACAGUUACCGUCACAGUCUAUUCAGAAAGGAGAAAUUGCCGACGUUUCCAUCAUCAUGGGCAGUAAUACUGACGAAGGAACCGCAGUUUUCUUAGGACCCCGUGCGAACCCUUUGAACACCGAUCAAGAUGUGUUCAAAUACAUCCAGGCUCUUGGAAGCGGUCUCAAUAAUAAAACAGUAGAGACGGUUAUGAAUCUAUAUCCGGAUGACCCUACUUGGGGUUGUCCUUUUGGAACUGGACCCGAACGAUUCGCAGAUCAGGGAUUUCAGUACAAACGCGGUGCUGCUAUUGCUGGAGACUACUUUAUACAUUCAGGACGAAGAUUUUAUGCAAAUUCGCACAGCAUUCGGAGCCAAAAGCCAAUCUAUACCUAUAGAUUUGAUCAAGCACCUUGGAAUAUGAGGGAGCCCUCAAUUAUGAUUAUACCACCAGUCUAUGUCACACAUUACUCUGAGAUUGUGUAUGUGUUUGACAAUCCGAAUAAUAACAGUAAUUUUAUUGGGCCGUACCCAGGCUAUGCAAGGCUACAGUCCUUUGUGUCGCGAUCUUGGGUGUCAUUCAUCCAUGACUUGGAUCCCAAUAACCAUGGACUGCAAGACCCAAAUCUUCCGAAAUGGCCCAAGUAUAAUUCCAAUCACCCUCAAAACAUUGUAUUUCGCGAAGGGGGAAGUUUUGUUGAAAAGGAUGGUUACCGCAAACAGAAGCUGGCGUUUUGGCCCACUAUCUGGGCGGAAUUGCAGACGUGA